AAUUACCAGGUUACAGAAGAUCCGGUAAAAGAAAGAGCUUGAAAGAAAGUUGCUGCGAUGAACACGACGCUCGCAGCUCCCUCUCCGAAGCCAUUCAAAAGAAGGGGAUCAACGAGAAAACGCGCCCCCUCUUACAUAUCUCCACCUCAAUCUCAGGAAACUCACGACGCUGCCCUACAUGCCAUUCGUAACCUCCUCAAAGGAAGAACAUCUUACGAUGCAUUCCCUGUCAGCUUCAGGCUGAUAGUCCUUGACACUAAAUUGAAUGUCAAGAAGGCUUUACAAUGCUUGCUUCUUAAUGGUGUAGUCUCUGCACCGUUAUGGAACAGCGAAAAAUCAAAGUUCGCUGGGAUGCUUACAGUCUUAGAUAUAAUUCAUCUCAUCCAAUACUAUUAUGACACAGCAAAUUACGAAGCUGCAGCAGCAGACGUGGAGACCUUCCGGCUAGAAUCAAUACGAGAUAUCGAGAAGAGCCUUGGUGUGGCCACACCUCCAAUGCUAGCAGAACAUCCAAAUAGCACCCUUUACAAGGCCGCCAGGGUCUUAAUUCAAACACAUGCCCGCCGAUUACCUCUCCUCGAUUAUGACACAGAGACAGGCCACGAGGUCAUCGUUUCUGUCCUAACACAGUACAGACUUCUCAAAUUUAUCUCUAUAAAUUGCACUAGAGAAAUUCAGCAACUGCAUCUCUCGCUCCGGAAACUCAAGAUCGGUACCUAUGUUUCAUCAAAUCCACCGCCCCCAAACCCUGAAAACCCGGAAACUCAGAAUCCAUAUUAUCCGAUCGCAACCGCCACGCUCGACACCCCUGUAUUUGACGUCGUUCAUAUGUUCUCUGAGCGUGCCAUAUCUGCAGUCCCCAUUAUCGACCAGGACGGCGUUGUUGUGAAUCUGUAUGAAACAGUAGAUGUCAUCACUCUUGUGCGUUUAGGAGCAUAUCAAUCCCUUGACCUAACGGUAUCGGAGGCCCUUAACCAACGUUCUCCGGACUUCCCAGGCGUUGUCAUUUGUACAGCCGGGGACUCGCUUGGAACACUAUUGCAGUUGAUCAAGAAGCGUAGAGUCCACCGGCUUGUCGUAGUGGAAGGAGAUGAGGAAGAGAAAAAAGGCGGAAAGAAAGGGCGUCUGCUUGGCAUAAUCACACUGAGCGACGUUCUUCGGUAUGUUAUCGGUGAGGUGGGCAUCGGCGAGUCAGUCGAAGAGAUUGCGGGCCUGUCCGCCGGCACGGGCACACCGCUCUCUACAGAUAUUAUAUCAUGGUAAUGGCGCACAGAGUCAUUGGAACGAGGGGUUUGUCGCAGGCUUUCGGGGUUUCGUUAUUUUAUAUGCUUUCAAAAUCUUAGUUAGCUGGAUCUGACUAGCAGUUGUAUGUUUUGCAUGAUCUGUACCCGUAGAUGACAUAGGUUAUACGAUAAUGUUGCCGUCUUUGUGCACAUGGGGAGUAGCUGUGA